AGUCGAGUCGGGCGAUUUAAGCCGGUCGUUGGUUAGUGCGCGCCCACUGACCGCCGUACGUUCGUGUGUGCCUCACGAUGAAGACCGCUCCUGUGAUAUUCGUUCUGCUGUUGGCGUUCGUCUGCGUGACGCAAUGCAAAGACCUCAUAGUGGGGUCCAGCUUCAACAACAGGCUGCUCUGGCAACAGAAGGCCGAGUACAACGCGAUCCCACUCAAGAAAAGGGUCAAGGAAGUCUUCUUCUCAGAUCCCGGGCAGCAAAUCAUUAAGGGCAUCAUAGCUCGCGACCUUGACCACACAGAUGCAGAAGCCACCGUCACAGCCGGAGGGACAGGCUUCUCUUAUGCCAACAUCAGACUGAAGAGCGAGAGGGGAUCCGGCCUCAACUACCAGAUAGAAAUCUACGUGUAACCAGCACACACCCACGCCAUUCCACCUACGGUCAACCAGACGUCGACAGGCAUAUCACUCUUUCAUCAAUUCGCAUGAAGGACUUCGGACAUACCUUUGCAGCAAACAGCAAAAGACAGCAAUAGCCUGCCGCAGUCUGUGUUUCACCGUCAGUACAAUCUUGGAAGUUUCAAGUCUAGAUAGACAUUUACUAAGUAGGUUCCGCUUAAGCCACAUCUUCACUUACCAUUCAGGUGUUCGCGAGUCAAAGCCACAAAAAAAAACUCAGAUAUAAUAAAGUAGACUAAAUUACGACUGUAACUCCAAACAUUGUACAGCCAACUCGUUCUCUUUUUAAAUACCUAAGUAGAAACUACUAGUGAGCACGAACUUACAAGACUAGAAAGUAGAAAUACGAACACAUAAUUUCGCGAGGGAACUAGUCUUCUACGGAAUAAACUUUGUAUCGUUUACGAUUUCGGUAUUCGACUCGGAUUUGAAGAAGACUUCUGACGUUUCAAAUAUUUUACUACUGAACCUCUUCACCGCAGUGUACUUUACCUUUGUAUGAAACGCAUUAAUGUAUAGUAAGUAUUGAAAUUUUAUUGUCCAUUGUUCGUGGAAUAGUUACGAUAAUUAGCAAUAUUAGCACAUCAUAGUUAUUGAUAGGUUAUGAAGUACAAUGUACAACAUUCCGUUACGUAGGCAGACAUUGGCAUGCACUUGAACUAUAAUAACGUCAAACUUUGUUUAUUAAUUACACGCGUUGGAUAUUGGCUGUUUAAUUAGAGUAUACACACUGACACCUAUCUGUGUACAUAAUUCCUGGAUGAUUGAUCAUUGUACCAAAGACUCAUCACAAACUGUUAACUUAUUAGAUAUUAAAUAUUAUUUAUCUUCUUGUAAAAAUAAACAUUUGAAAAUCUAGCAAA